CAAACAGGUAAAUGGCAAUAAAUCUCAAUGGGAAAAGAAAAUCAAACCUCAGUAGAUGAGUUUAUCUUCCUGGGCCUUUCACAAGACUUUCAGACCCAGAUACUGUUAUUUAUUCUUUUCUUCAUCAUUUAUCUGCUGACAGUGUUUGGAAACCUACUCAUCAUCAUUCUCAUCUUCAUGGAUUCUCGGCUUCACACACCCAUGUAUUUUUUUCUUAGAAACCUCUCUUUUGCAGAUCUCUGUUUUUCUACUAGCAUUGUCCCUCAAGUGUUGACCCACUUCCUGGCAAAGAAGAAAAGCAUUUCUUUCUGGGGGUGUAUGACACAGAUAACUGUCUUCCUUCUGGUUGGGUGUACAGAGUGUGCACUGCUGGCAGUGAUGUCCUAUGACAGGUAUGUGGCUGUCUGCAAGCCACUGCACUACUCCACCAUCAUGACUCAACAGGUGUGUCUCCAGUUGACCAUAGGGUCCUGGGCCAGUGGGGCCCUAGUGUCUCUGGUGGAUACCACCUUUACUUUCCGUCUUCCUUACAGUGGACAGAACGUAAUCAACCACUACUUUUGUGAACCUCCCGCCCUUUUGAAGCUGGCUUCAGCAGAUAUUUAUAAUACACAAAUGGCCAUCUUUGCCAUGGGUGUGGUAAUCCUCCUGGCUCCUGUCUCCCUUAUCCUGGUCUCUUACUGGAAUAUUAUCUCUACUGUGAUCCAGAUGCAGUCUGGGGAGGGGAGACUCAAAGCUUUCUCCACCUGUGGCUCUCAUCUCAUCGUUGUUAUUCUCUUCUAUGGGUCUGGAAUAUUUACCUACAUGAGGCCAAACUCCAAGACCACAAAAGAGCGAGAUAAGAUGAUAUCUGUUUUCUAUACAGUGGUGACUCCAAUGUUGAACCCCGUAAUUUACAGCCUGAGAAAUAAAGAUGUCAAAGGAGCUCUCAUGAAACUAUAUGGAAGGAAAUCCUCUUAG